AGCAAAUCAAAACAUUCGUUUAGUGACUGUUGAACAGAACACUAGUGACUUAAUUAUCAAGUGAUUUUCUUAAUUUUUCUAUAAAUUAUAACCGCAAAUAUGCGUUUGGGAUCUACCGUACCAAAUUUCAAGGCCGAAACUACUAAGGGCCCCAUUCAGUUCUAUGAUUGGCAAGGAGAUUCUUGGGUAGUUUUAUUCUCUCACCCUUCUGAUUUCACACCCGUCUGCACCACCGAAUUGGGUCGUAUUGCUGUACAUGCUCCCGAAUUCGCUAAACGUAAUGCCAAAUGUUUGGCUCAUUCCGUCGAUGAUUUGAAUUCACACGUUGACUGGGUCAAUGACAUUAAAUCCUACUGUUUGGAUAUUCCCGGAGACUUCCCUUAUCCCAUUAUUGCCGAUCCCCAUCGUGAAUUGGCUGUACAAUUCGGUAUGUUAGAUGAAGAACAAAAAAAAGAUCCCGAAGUUGGCAAAACCAUACGUGCUCUGUUUAUCAUUAGUCCCGAUCAUAAGUUGCGUCUAUCUAUGUACUAUCCCAUGUCCUGUGGUCGUAAUGUAGAUGAAAUCUUGCGUUGCAUUGACUCUUUGCAAUUGACCGAUCGUCUUAAGGUGGUGGCCACCCCUGCCAAUUGGACUCCUGGCACCAAGGUCAUGAUUGUUCCCUCCGUUACUGAUGAAGAAGCCAACAAAUUAUUCCCCAAAGGUUUUGAUAAGGUGUCCAUGCCUUCCGGUGUCAAUUAUGUUAGAACCACUGAGAACUAUUAAAAUCAGACUUUGAUUUCUGAUUGUGUUUAUUGUAACUUUAAUUAUAUUGGUUUUAGAAUCUUGUGAAAUUUUUUAUACACAAAAUUAAUAAAUUAUUUUGAACAAAAAACGGUUUAUAUUUUUUUAAAUAAAGUCAAAAAAUAUUGGAUUUAAUUUAUAAUAUUUCCAUAAUAUUGAUUAUAAA